CCUCCCCGCAGUCUGACUCACCUUACCCUGCUCUGACACGCGAUGCCAGGCACAAAGGCUCCAGGCAAUAAACUAUCAGGGGUGUCUCCGGGUUCACGGACCUGCUGUAUGCCGACAUGGAGCCGGUGUACCCGGGGCUGGGCCGCUGUGUGUGCUGCUUCUGGCUCGCGGUAGCCUUUGACAUCGUGGGGCUGCUGGUCCUGCUGCUCGGGGUGUUCGUGAACGUCUUCUUCUAUGACCUGCUCAUCUACGCAGGAGCCAUCGUCAUCUUCCUCAGCCUCAUCUGGUGGGUGUUCUGGUACUCCGGGAACAUCGAGGUGCCCCCAGCGGAUCUGGAGGAUGAUGUGGGGUUACUGAAGAAGGACCCCGGGGCUCUGGGCGGCCUCAGCGGUGCGGUGCGGCGCCUCUCCAGUCGCGUGACCUCCGGCAUCAGGACAUCCUUCCGCAGGAACGGAGCACCGGCCCGCACGCAGAGGUCAGCCGGAGGGCCGCCGGGGACCGAACAGGUGCCGGGGGCCGAGCAGGUGACGGUUGCCAUGACAACAAUGACCCCACCGGAGCACACCCCGCAAACUGCUGCUUCCUCAGUGGCGGGCUGUUACGUAGAGAUGCCGCACACAGCAGAGGCUGCAGAACUGAAAGCACUACCUGAGGCUGUGGCAGUGAACACUAUCUCUGAUCAAACAUUAACCACAGACACGCCCAUGGUUUGAACAAUGGCCGACGCACCUGAACCUGCUCUGAUCUCAACCCUUACCGUGUCCUCCAUCUGUGCCUCCGGACCAUCCUCCACUUUUAUACUGUUUGUGAGUUUCAUAAGACAUUUUUGGUAAUUAAUAAUGAUAUGUGGAAAAUGUGUCUUUUGAGUCUUUGUUCAAUACUUUAUUACAAUGUAUAUUUUCCUAAUAAAUGUGUUUUAAUCAA